UCUUUUUAUUUUUUCCUCUCUCUCGGUCCGUGGGCAUUGGCCGAAAUGGCUACGUUCGCUCACGUGUGAAGGGAGCGACACAAAAGAGGCGGUGGCGGUGCUCGCUGGUAACUUCGGGUUGGUUUUUGCGGUGCCUCACCUCCAGCUCUGUCAGCAGCGCGGCCGGCAGGCUGAGCAGCGUGCCCUCCCAGCCCGUGAAACACGGCCCCCGGGCUGCCUCGGGGAGCUGCCCCGAGAACGCGCUGUGUCUGCUUCCCUGCUCGAGUGCCGCAGGGGGAAAGGAGACUCUACAGCGGUGGGUAAUUCACUGGUCCAUAAGCGGUCUCCUUUACGUCGAAGCCAUAAGACCUCAGCAUCCUUGACCAAGCUGUCAUUACGUGAUGGGCAGAAAGCCAAAAAGCCACUGUGUAAAUUUGAAGAAGGUCAGGAUGUCCUAGCUAGAUGGUCAGAUGGCUUGUUUUAUCUUGGAACUAUCAAAAAGAUAAAUAAACUGAAACAGAACUGCUUCAUUAUAUUUGAAGACAGUUCCAAAUCCUGGGUUCUCUGGAAGGACAUACAAACAGGAGCCACUGAAAGUGGGGAAAUGGUCUGUACAAUAUGUCAGGAAGAGUAUUCAGAAGCACCGAAUGAAAUGGUUAUAUGUGAUAAAUGUGGGCAAGGUUAUCAUCAGCUGUGUCACACACCAAAUAUUGAUUCCAGUGUGAUUGAUUCAGAUGAUAAAUGGCUCUGUCGACAGUGUGUUUUUGCAACAACAACAAAGAGAGGUGGUGCACUUAAGAAAGGACCAAAUGCCAAAGCACUGCAAGUCAUGAAACAAACAUUGCCAUAUAACGCAACAGACCUUGAGUGGGAUGCAGGCCAUAAAACCAAUGUCCAGCAGUGCUACUGCUAUUGUGGAGGACCUGGAGACUGGUAUUUAAAGAUGUUGCAGUGCUGCAAAUGUAAGCAGUGGUUCCAUGAGGCUUGCGUGCAGUGCCUCCAAAAGCCCAUGCUUUUUGGUGAUAGGUUUUAUACGUUCAUUUGCUCAGUUUGCAGUUCUGGACCAGAAUACCUCAAGCGUUUACCCUUGAGAUGGGUAGAUAUAGCACAUCUAUGCCUUUACAACCUAAGUGUUAUUCAUAAGAAGAAAUACUUUGAUUCGGAGCUUGAACUCAUGGCAUACAUUAAUGAAAACUGGGAUAGAUUGCAUCCUGGUGAGCUGGCAGAUACACCAAAAUCUGAAAGAUAUGAGCAUGUACUGGAGGCAUUAAAUGAUUACAAGACCAUGUUUAUGUCUGGAAAAGAAAUAAAGAAAAAGAAGCAUUUGUUUGGCUUGAGAAUUCGUGUUCCUCCUGUGCCACCAAAUGCUGCUUUAAAGGCUGAGAAAGAACCGGAAGGAACUUCUCAUGAGUUCAAAAUUAAAGGCAGAAAAUCAUCUAAACCAAUUCCUGAUGUGAGGGAAUUAAGUAAUGGUAUAGAAAGAAAGGGGAAAAAAAAAUCAGUAGGUCGUCCACCUGGUCCCUAUACAAGAAAAAUGAUUCACAAAACUCCAGAGUCGUCUCCUCUGGAUAACGAACCAGUUCCAGUGAUAGAGAACCCAGCCUUGGAAUUACCCUGCUCUGUUGGGAGAUCUGAUGGAACUGCACAUUCAUCCAAUACCUCAGAUGUGGAAUCCACAGGUGCUGCCAGUAUGAAAGAAACUACCUCAUCUAGCAUUUCCAGACAUUAUAGUUUAUCUGACUCAAGAAAAAGGACUCGUACAGGAAGAACUUGGCCUGCUGCAAUACCACAUUUGAGAAGAAGAGGUCGCUUUCCACGAAAAGCACUCCAGACUCAAAAUUCAGAAAUUGUAAAAGAUGAUGAGAGCAAGGAAGAUUACCAGUAUGAUGAACUCAAUACAGAGAUACUUAAUAACUUAGCAGAUCAGGAGUUACAGCUCAAUCAUCUAAAGAACUCAAUUACUAGUUAUUUUGGUGCAGCAGGUAGAAUAGCUUGUGGUGAAAAAUACCGUGUGUUGGCUCGUCGGGUGACACUUGAUGGAAAGGUGCAGUAUCUUGUGGAGUGGGAAGGAGCAACUGCAUCCUGACUGUAGGACUGAACAUUAUGUUCACUGCACUGUCAUCUGUAAGUACAGUUCAUAACGCAGAGCCACGAGAGAAGCGUGUCUUUAAAUGUUUCUAAAAACAAAACAAAAAACCAAUUUAGCCUUAACAUGUAAUUGUUAUCAUUACAGCUCUUGUGAUAAAGACUUAUCUUUUUAAAAUCUGAUCUGAAACUUAAAUUUUUUAAUCUGAACAUUGUUAGAUUGUUUUAGGUUGGGAUAUUUUGGGUUACAAUUGCUUAAAAAUGUGCAUGGUGUUUAAAAAAAAAAAAAAAAAGACAUUUUCUAGAGAACAUUCCAUGGAUACAGUUAUUGUGAUUUAGAGAAAAUAUUAUGUAGAUAGCACAAAUCUUUGAAAAAUUUUGGUUUGUUUUCUUACCCAAAUGUUUGCAGAAAUGUAUUUCUAUUUCAAUACUUUCUAGAUUUCAUAAGUGCAGUGUAUAUAAUGCCUACUGAAGACUGUAAAAUACUGAAGUUUUCUUUCAAACAAAGUGUAAAAAAAAAAAGGAAAAAAAAUAUAUUGAGCCUGUAAAUUGCUCUGUGACCAGACUUCAUUGUCUUCUUAAUAUAUUCUUUUGUGUGUGUGUGUGCGCGUGUGUGUAUAUACAUAUGUAUAUAUGCACACACUUCCGUGUGCGUGUAUAUAUAUGUGUGAUUGUGACCUAUGCAAUACAAAUUAUGGGAUUGGUCAGCUUCUGAGUAUACAUCCCAUAAUUCUUUUUUCAGGAAUAGUUGCCAGUAUUUACACAGCAGCAUUUCUUCUCAGGCUUAUUGGGUGCUGUUGCUUUCUGUGUACUAAGGAAAAGUGUCAAACCAGUGCAGCAUGUUCUGGCAAUGGGUGCAGUCAUUUAUGUUCAUAUGUCCUAGGUAAUAUAUUCCAUUAUUUUUCAUGUGACUUAACUAUUAAAACCAAUGCAGGAUUUGAACAUUUUAACUCUACUAGAAAUAACAUUUUUAAAGUUAUUGUGGCACCUUGAUUGUAACUUUUGUGUCCCAGUUAUAAACUAAGUUGACAGGAAACGCACACAAGAUUCCUACAUACCUGUAGUUCACAGUCAUGUUUUGAUAAAGGUAGUAUGAACAAAGUGUGUUAUUGCACAGGGUCAACAAACAGUAUGUUGCAAUUUGAAGUAACAUUACUGGUUUUAUUACAACAUUACCUCUUUUGUUUUUAUAAAAUGUACCGAGUUUUAAAUUGAUAAGUUUAUUUUACUUGUUUAAAAAAAAAGUCAGUCUCUUGCCAGUAUUAAAUGUUUUUUUUUUGUCUGCUACUUUUGAAGGGGGGGGUUAGCCAAAGAGUAAACAGAAGAAUAUUUUUACUUUGGUGGUUAUUCACUGUACUACAUAAGGCAUCUUUUUUUCUAUGAUUACAGUUUACCACCAAAAUAAAAUUAUGUAACAGAUGACUGUGUGGUUUAAAAUGUACUGCCUGAGUUAGUGUUUAUUUAUUCCAUUACUUGAUUAUUUGAUUCUUUUUCUGCUCAUCUUGAACAUCUUGAAAAGGUGAUCUAUUUUUUUCCCUGUCACCUUAUAGCCAAACGAAGCAGAGAAAGGUUUUUAUCCUGUGCUUGGGUUAUGGCUGGCUGGGUAAUAUUAGCUUUAUAAAAAAUUGCUAAUUAAAAAUUGCCACGUCUGUUUACCUUCACUAAAAUAUAUUUUUUUUUUUCCUCACACCCUCAGCUAUUAAUUUAAUGUUGCCUUGGCUAUAGCUGCAAUAUUUUGAUAACAGCAACUUCAUGUUAAUUUUUUGAAUGUUUAUAUCUUGGGAUAAUGCAAAAUGUAAAGCCUUUGUAACCUUACUUACACCAUCUGUAUCUGUCUUAUUAUUUCACUUAAUUCAAGUCCUUUAAUUCUAACUGAACACCAGCAGUAUUUUCAGUAAAGUUUCAUUUGAAGAUAAAUAUUGGAAUGUACAUGGGAACUUUAGCCUGGGGGAGAGGGGAAGGGGAAUAUUUGUCAAACUUAAGCUGUCCAUAGACUUAACUAUUGUGAAUGUUAUUGUUUCAUUUUAUUAUGAUGGUUGACUUGACUCUGAUGUUCAGUUUGUAUUUUUGGAAUUGCUUUUUUCUUAGAAUUAAAGAUGAACAUUAAAUGUGUGUAUUUUCUGAGAGAGAAGAAUGAGUUUUGAUUCUGUAUUCUUGUGAAAUACAUACGUGGUGGCUUCCUCCCAUCCAUCAUUCCUCUAUCUCUGCCUUGCCUGUUACUGUCCUAGAGACACUUGCCCUGCGCAUAGACACUAACUAGCGUUCGAGCUGUGCUUGAGAGAUGCUCUGUGACAAAUGUCAUGUACUGGAAAAUGCUGCAAUGGUGCUGCUGAAGCUAUGGCUAGAGUAGUACAAAUGCCUUUCUCUCUGUGUGAAUUUUGCUGUAUGUGGUAAUGGAGUGUCUUAACAAAAAAUAUAAAUGUUGCUGUACAUAAUGAUUUCAUUUUAGUAUGACUUGAUCAUUUUAUGUAUGCAUGUGUGUAAAUAUAUGUAAUUCAGCUUUGUUGUGGUCACUGAUUUAGAGCCGUUUCCUUAUGUAUCAGAUUUGAUAUUUUUCCAUUAUAUAUUAUUUGUAUUACUGUAGUAUUUAGGUAGGUGAACUCUAUGUAGAGACCAUUCAAAAAAAUGUAGGCAUCAGAUAAAUGAACAAGACAGCAAAGAAAUAAUGGCACAUGGCUGGUCAGAAAUGUGAAAUAAACAUCAUAGCAAACUACUUGUCAAAUCAUUGUUCACAACAAAAACUUGAAGAGGAAUUUUCUUUCCUCUUUUCCUUGAAGAGGAAUUUUCUAUGCUUUUCUAUGCAUGACAGGCAUUUUGAGUGAGAUUACAAAGUAAUUUUGAAAGAUCUUUCAUUGUGGUAUAUAAAAAUGAAUGUCAAAAUUGUCAUUUAAUAUGAAAGAUGACAAAUAAUCCAAACGUGGUCUUGAAGGUGAAGAAAAGCAGUUUGUCUUGGGAGCAGGAGGAGAGAUAAGUGGAUAAACAGAAAAAUGGUCAAGUAUUUGAAACCUCCUACUAAAGUGAUCUUUAGUGUUGUAUUUUAAAAGGAAAUUGGUGAAUUCAGAUGGCACAUACCGAGACCGGAGAUGGAGCAAUAAUAAGAACACAGUGAUAAGGAUGAACUGGACAGGAGCAUCGGUUCUGUGCAAGGAGGGAAGAGGCUGGAUCUUGCAAAUGCUAUGCAGGUAACAUUUUUCAGGCUUCAAACUGUCACUUUUCAGUUCAGUGUGGAACUGAUGCCUAAACACCAGGAGUGUGGAGGUGUCAGGUCUGUUGAGAUCCUAGCUUAGUCAGAAAAAAAAAUAAAAAUUGAAUUGUCAACCUUAAGUUCAUUGGAAAGUUGAUUUUUUUUUAAAUAAAUUGAAUCAUUUGUAGAUGAGAUAUAAAGAAGAUACAGUCCUUUGAAGUCCCUAAAGAAAGUUCAAAGGGGAAUGACCAUAUUCUGACAAAGACAGUACUAGGGCAAUUAGAAAAGCAAAACAUGAGUAGAAAAAGAAGGUGUGCACAGUGUGAGAAUGAGCUUGGAAUUCAGUGCUUUUGCUAUUCUUUCACUUCCAUCCUUCAGCAGCUAUGAAACGGGGUUUUGUACUGUGGCAUUUUACUCAAACUCUUAUGGUUUAUCUCUGUUUUAGCAACAUCCAGUGCAUUCUUCAUAUUCUGUUUUUAACUCUUGUUACUCAUUUUUCAUUUCUAGUAUUCAUUUCGGAUCACCCCUGUCAUACAUUGAAAACCGCCACCUUUUGUCUGUGAUAGUGUAGUGGUUUGGUAACUCACAAACGCAGAACAGAAAAGAAUAUUAGAUGCUAAUGUUCCUCUCAGCUAGUUCAUCUCUGCUACUUUUUGUCAUGUUCCUUCAUUGAGAGCCAUAUACCAUCAGAUCAAGUUGGCUUUUAUUCAUACCAUUUUGCCUUGAAGAUUUUAGUCUCUCAAAUACAGCUGUAGCUCAUACAGUUUUUACAUAUCUUUGUCCUAAUCUAUUCACUGAUAUGAAUUCACCAGUGAGGAUUUUUCAAUUGUUGUAACUUAUUUCCAGCUUCUUAGUUUGACAAUAUUCUGUUCUUUCAAUUUUUAGCCAAUUUUGUGUUUGGCAUUGAUUGACUAUUAUGUGGAUUUGGUUUCCUUGUCUUCUCUUGAAAUACUUAAUAUUUCAAUAAUAAAUACUUAAUGUCCAGUGCAGUAGCAUUAACUUGCAAUCUAGAAAUCUGCAGGAUUACUCGAAUAAGCUCAUUUAUAUUUUACAUAUUUCUGCAAAACCUGCUUGACAGCAAGAAGCUAAUUAAUGUUUUUAUCUUGCUGUAAAUAGUCUGCUCUUUUGUAAACACCAUUUUGACGUACUUCAUUUGUGCUCUGUCAUGUCCUAAUGAAUACUCAGAAGUGUUGCUAUUAUUGCAUUCAUUCAACACCCAACUUGGCAGUGAUAGCUAUUCUACAUAUACUUUUUCCUCAUUCAUGAACGUUACUGAGAAUGUCAUAAGCCGCCUGUUUUGUGUUCUCACCUGCUUGCUGUAGCUUGGUAUUCAUAAUCUGACAAAUUGGUUGCAUGAAAUUCUAGAGGUUAUACACAAUGGUCGGAAAUUCAGGGAAGAGUAAGUAAUGAAUAAACUGUUGCAAAUGUUUUCAGGUUUUAGGAUGCCUGAAUAUAUUUGUAGUGAUAGCAGGAGGAAAAAAUGAGCCAGAAAAGGAGGGGGAAAUAAAAGGUAGAACUAAGAAUUGAUCAAGUAACAGUUUCUGAGUUAGGGAAAUUGAUGCUUUUUCUACAAAAACACACUUGGAAUUGUCCUUGCUGACAAACUGACUUAGGGAGGAUAGCUGGCUUCUUGCAGAAAAGUGUACAUGUAUACAUAUGUGUACAAAUAUACACACCCUGUAAGGGCAAUGAGAAACAACUUGAAUUGUAUUUAAUUGAGAAAUUAUUAUUUCUAAGAAAGUUUUUAAGUGGGCUGUGAAAUCCUUAUUAAAAAGACAGCCUUUGAAGGACUAUAUAUAUAUAUAUAUAUAUAUAUGUAUGUAUGUAUAUAUUAAAAAAAAAGCAGGGCCUUGCCUUCUCUCCUCCCAUGCUUUUUCUUCUCUGCGUGUGAUAAUGAGCCCCGGUAUUAUAUGUGCUCACAUGCCCUGCAGUCACUGAGAGGUAAGUGUGCCAAUGGCACCUGAGCCUACUUCCUUUUUCCCGGUGUUGUGGUGUCAUCUUGUGGAAGAGAAGUCAGUGGAAAGAAUGCUUUCAGGAGAGACAGCAUAAAUGAAUAAUGGGUGGAGCAUCCUCAGAGCUUGGAGGGUGUCAGGGUGUCUACUGUCUCUUCAGAAAAUGUAAUCAAGAGUCUUCUCAUUAAUUGUCUGGGACUAGGAUUGAUAGAACUGUGAGUGAACAGUCAUGGGUAUUUUUUACUUGGAGUUUCACCACUCCCUAAAAUCCUCAAGCAUAACAAAAAUGACCUUGACUUGACAUUAAGUAUUUUCUAAUGCUUUAACAUUUAGUUUGAAAUAAAGAUACAGACUAUAGAUAAUGCACUUUUAUAGCUUUUCUCUUGGCAACUCUCUCUUCCUUACCCACCUGUAUUCCAAUUUGGCAGGUAGCAGAUGGACAGUGAAGAAGGGUAUCUUGUUUCCAGAAAUGGAAGAAAGGGACUUGUGAGCUGCUUGGGUUUCCAAGUCUUACUAGCUAUCCUCAACUGUAGCAAUUGAUAGCAUGAGAGAAGAUGAUGUAAUUCAAAUGCUUCAGCAGUAUAGGUAUGUUUACUAUUAACAUUUACUAUACAUUUUCACCUGUGUUAAAAUAGUUGCCUUAAGUAAAUUGUUGGUUUUGUAAACAGAACCAUUCCCUAAGGCAAGGCCUACAGCUUUUGAUCUGCUGUGCAAUAAUUUAUGAAUGUGGUGCUUAUUUACUUCUGUACUAACAUUCCUCCUAUAUGAGCAGUGAGUUUUUGUGAUAGAGUACUGUUGUGGAGAAAGCAAGUUAGACUUUUAUAUUUCCUUGACAUGCCUUGGUCACUUUGCAUUAGUAAUACUAAUACUUAAAAUUGGCUUGCCUCCCAUUAAAUGCCUUCUACCAGAAGGUUGCCGCAAUUUUACUGCCUUGUGAAUUCUCAAAACUUGGUUCAUUAUUUGAAGUAAAUCAUGCCACCGAGACUUUUCUUAAGUACAUACAAAUGUAAGGUUUUACUUUUAACUGGAAGUCUGAUUUUAACCAAGACUAUUUUUGUCAUUUUUUUUCAUUUAUGACAGUAAUCAUUCUAAUUAUCACUGUUAAUAAAAAGAAAACCAACAACAGCAAAAAACAACCACACACAUGAUUAAAAUCACUUAUAGUAAUUAAAUGAAUGGUACAUUCUUCAUCUUCCUCAAAUAUGUUGUUGCACAAGAUUUUCUUACCUAUGGUAGUUGCUAAUAGAUGUUAAUAGAAGCUGAAGCUCUUUGUGAAUUCACAGUACUAAUUCUAAGUACAUGUGAUUAUUUUCAGUUUAGAGUGGCCUUGAGUAAUGAACUAGUUUAUUCUAUUGCAAAUUAUAACAGUACAUCUUGAAUUCUAUCUGUUAGGUCCUGGUGAAAUUUUAAAAUAUACAUAGCCUUAAAUUUUUAAGGAAUUACUUUAGCAGAUGGAGAAAAGCUGCUCUUGUGGAAGAAACAAAUAACGCUAAGGCAGGCCUUCUAUACCAGAGGGUGAAUGGUAUGUUGCUUCUUUUGGAAGACAGAGAAUGCCUUGUUAAAUGCAGAUUUCUAGCUGGGAACGUCACAAUAUUUCUGCAUUCUUUCAUAGCCAGGAUGAGGGAAGAAUAACAAAAGUUCAGUGGUUAUUUCUUUUUGGCAUGAAUUCAUUGUCUACAAUGCAAUCAGGACCUGGACGAAUAAAUGUAAUACUGCAAUUCAGUUACUGCAAUAACUGAAUGUUGCCUUGUACUUUGCAGAAGCACUGUACCAAGGAGUAACUCUAAUUACUGUUAAACAUUUUAUUUAUUACUGCUCUCAGUAGUAUUACUGACCUCUACUAUAGUUUUGCACAAGACAGUCCCUGCUGUCCUUCCCAGAAUUGUUCCUAACCCCAUUGCCUGCAUGAAGGCUACUCAGUUCUGGGUUGGUGUAGUAAACUGCACGUGCAACAAGGGAUAUUUUUAAAUUUGGACUCUGACAUGCAUUUGAUAACUUCAAAACUAAGUAUGUUUUUCUGUUGCAAAGAUUAGAAGUUAGUGUCAAAUUCUGAUCUGACACCAAUGUAAAUCUUAAUCUAUUUGCAUUGAUAAAAUUGAUUUUGGAUUAGAGUGAAUAAGAACAUAUUCGACCAAUGCACGAGGAAGAAAUGUGAAAGCUGUAUUACUUAAAAGCAAGGUUCUUUUUAGCUUAGCAUGCUUGAUCUUUUUGCAGAAAGCAUCCUUCCUUCAUUAUAAAAUGAAGAACACAGGUUUAAACUUCAUUUAUUGAAAUAAACUUCAUUUAUUGAAAAUCUCAGGGUAUUGCAUAAUUUUAUUCAAUGUUUUCAAGUGUUAAAACUUAAUUCUGAAUAAAAAGUCCAUUAAGAAAAAAAUUGUAGAUUGACGUUGUCCUUUGUAAAUUUUAUACAAUCAAAAGCAAUCUAGUCUUCAAAAUCCAAAUGAAAUUUUAUUUAAUGGCAAAUUUAAAUGCCAAAUCCUUCACCUAUGAUAAGCAUUCCAGCUGCCACUAUCAAAGCACAGUUACAGUUUUUCCCUGUUUAGUUUUCUACAGUAAGCCUUGAAUGGGGAGAAAAUAUAGCAAGAGCUCUUAAUCACAAAACAAUUUUUCAGAUGACCUCUGACAACUGUUGCAUUAUUUUCCUUCUACCAGAGACUGUUGUGUCUCUGUCUGUCUGUGAGAAACUGCUGCAGUCCAGUUUUGUCUUACCAGAGAAGUCUCCUUUCAUGAGCAGCUUAAGUGAAUACACUAGACAAAAAAGAUGAGCGGUUGUUUUGCUAGUGAAUGUAUAACCUUUGUCAGAGAAGCACAGCAGAAUUGUUGGCAAACCUAAUUCCUUGAGGUGUCCUUGAAAAAGGUGGCAGAGUUUAUCUCUUGGAGGUCUAAGCUGACAGCUAGAAUCCAGUAGCUUUGGUAUAAGAGGUAGAUGUCUUGGUUACAGCUUCAGAACUGUACCAGCAUUUUGCAGAUGUUUUGUAGCAUCACAUUUUGAGUGAUGCAAGCAAAGAGAGAUCUCCU